AUGGUUGAUGGGAUAAAGUCAAUUUGCUUACCUUCCUUUGACGAUCCCAGCCACGAAGGUGAUACAGUUUUCCUUACCGGAUGGGGAAAAACAUCUGGCUACGACAUCAAUGGGCCUUUAAGUCCGACUUUAAGGGAGACAACUUCCACCGUAAUCAGCAACGCGGAAUGCUCCGCAGUUUAUGGAGGUAGUAUAAUUACUGCUAAUACCAUAUGCAGCAGUGGCACUGGCGGUAAAGGGAUCUGUCCGAGUGACAACGGAGGGCCUAUGAGUUACAUGACAACGGACGGAAAUUUCGUACAGACUGGAGUUGCCUCAUUCUAUUCUUCAACGGGUUGCGAAAAUGGCCAUCCUUCUGGGUUCACUCGUAUUCGGAACUACCUUGAUUGGAUAUCUACAGAAACGGGCGUCAUCACUCCGAAUUCAGCCAUGGUGAAUUCAAUUUGUUUCAAAUUAGUAAUUGCACUUGUUUUAGCCAUUCAUUAUUUUUAA